GUUACCUGUGCUAACUGUAGAGUGCUAGAUCAUCUCGUACGCCUAUCAAUAUGGACGGAGUGAAAGCUGUUAAGAGACGCAAAAUUACAGACAAAUCCGUCCCAAAUGCUCUUGCGCAACUGCCAGAGUUCGCCGAGGACUCACAAAUGUACCAAAGCUUGCUAGAGAUGGAAAAGAAGCUUGACUGGACAAUGAACCGGAAAAAAGUGGAAGUGCAAGACGCAUUGGCACGCAAUCCGACUACUGCGCGCACACUACGGUUAUUCUUGAGCCACACAGUAUCUGGGCAGCUGUGGCAAACUGGUGAAGCUGGUGCUGAGGGGGUAAACUUCGAGACGGGGCAGGGAAUUCCAGCCUGGUGCCUGAAGGUUGAAGGGCGAUUAUUAGAGCUUCCCAAUCAACGUGCGCGGGACAGGGUUCUUCCUCGAAAAUUCUCAACUCUCAUAAAACGAAUGAUCGUCGAGCUUGACCGUGACCCAACUUUGUAUCCAGAUGGAAAUGUCGUCGAAUGGCCUCGGGGUCCGACUAUUCAGCAGCCUCUCGACGGGUUCACCGUAAGGCGAACUGGAGACCAGCCGACGAAAGUGCGCCUCAUAAUAUAUCUCGAGCAGACACCAGAGCAGUAUAAAGUGGCUCCAGACCUGGGCAAUGUCUUGGGCAUUAAAGAGGAGAGUCGGGUUGGCAUCAUCCAGGCUAUGUGGAAUUACAUUAAAAUACACGGCCUGCAAGACAAAACAGAUCGCCGAAGAAUACGCGCUGACGAUUAUUUGAGACCGAUCUUUGGUGGAGAAGGCAUUAUGUUUCAUCAACUGCCAGAGCUAGUCAAUCGAUAUUUGAUGCCUCCGGACCCUGUAGUCAUCUAUUAUUCCAUCAACCCAGCACACGUACCCCCAGAGCGCCCUUCUGCAUGGGAUAUCGAAGUCAAGAUGGAGGACACGAGUUUGAAGAAUCGCAUCAUGGUGACAGUACAAUCAAGUAAAGACAGCAUGUCUGACCUCGCCAAGUUGGAUGAUGAAAUUGCGCUGUUAUCACAGUCACUACAUAACUCGCACACGAAGCGGCAAUUCCUUCAAAGUUUCGCCAGAGACCCGGCCAAUUUCAUACAAACGUGGCUAGCAUCGCAGUCUCGCGACUUGGAAAGUGUGCUUGGGAGUGGACCGAGUGAGGGUGCUACUAUCCGUGCGGAGGAGUUGCGUAGGAGUGAUUUCUUCAGGCUACCGUGGGUUGAGGAAGCUGUUGCUGUUCACGAAGGACUACGCCUGGCGUCUCGAGGCAUGCAAUGAAAGUUAUAGAACUACGGCUUCUUGUUGUGUCGGCCUUGUUUUUGCAGUCUUAUCUUAUUCUAAUCUUUGCAUUGUUGUACUUACGCGUGUAUUCCUCCAAGAGCUUUCGACAACCAUCAUUUCCAAAUUUAUGCUAAUACGCGUGGACCUUAA